CGUUUGGUGGCGACCCGUAUGUGGUUGGCCGUCGGUCGUUGAAUACGUUAGGCACGGGAAGCGGCAUAGAGAGGAUAGAGAGCAUAGAGAGAGAGCGAAUGGUGUGUUUGUGUAUGUGUAGUCGGUGUAGUAGCUGCGGUAAAGUACGUGUGUGUAAACUGUUCUGAAAAGCUGUGUGUAAUUAAUUUAUUCGCGUUCCGUUUGUCUGAUGCAGUAUUGUAGAUAGACUUUUCAUAGUUUCUUUUUCCUUGUUUGAAAUUCGAAUGUGAGAAUAUGACUGCGUCUGAUUGAAAUUGGUAUAUACUAUAUGGCUUGACAAGUGGAUUCUAUUGGAUUUAUGUAAUGCUCAGCAACUAAGGUUUGUGUGGUGCCAUACCUAAUAAUCUAAGUCCACAGUUUACACAUUCAGUUUGAGUUGGAAGACUGCUGUGUGACAUUAGAACAAAAGGAAUACACAUGUGAGGCAGGAGCGGCCGAGUCUGUUGCCUAGAUUACAGGGUGGUUGCAGAGACCAGCAUCGCCGAUCUGGGCCUCAGAAUGGGGAACAUGCAGAUGACAUCCCAUGCUCCUCCACUUGACAUUGGACUGUAGACAGGGCCAAGUGGAAUACGUUAUAAGUAUUCUCGUCCUGCUUUUCAGACCCUGAACUCACAGUUCUAUAGGAAUAGUAGAGUUGGCAUACGCUACAUUAGCAGGACCCUCACUGGCUCCUACUAUAUAACCAGAGGAAAGUGUGAUUCCUGAGAGCCCAAGACUGACUUAAGAAUUUACAGAAAAAAAAAGAACUAUGGAAACAGACGUUAGUCAAGAUUUUGAAGAUUACUGGAAUGAGUACAAAAUUUGUCAAGAGACAAAAUUGCUGGAUGAUUAUUUGGAAGAAGUUGAAGAUUAUGGGUCUCGAAGCUGUGAUGAGGGUGAACAGGAAGCUGACUGGCUUAGGUUAGCAGGCCUGUCUCAAUUAACAGGACCUUAUGAGCAGGGUCGUGAACUGCCUGAGAGUGAAUUGGAUCCUGUACUACGUUUCCUGCCGACCCACCAUGCUGAGGCAGUGCGACGUCGUGUCAAGACACUCAACUUGACAGUGCGGCAAAGAGGGCGCCAGCAACGCUCCCGGGCCCGGAAACCCGACAUCAGGGAUGUCUUUCGGGAUGUGGAGAAUUCAAGUACUGGCACAAGAUCCCGUAGUGCUACACCAGAUUCCCUAGACCUGGAUCAUCCAGGUACUGAAGAUGUUGGACCUCCCAGUCCUCCUUUACCAUGGUGUAUCCCCAGAGAUACAAAUAUUUUCAGCACUGGAUCUGGGCCCCAAGAAUGGGGAGGCAACUCUAGCUCUCCCACUACAAGCUAUAUUGUUUCAACUAGUCCAAGAAGUCACGAAGUUGUACUGGAGAGAGAUCACUUGUAUGGUAGCUACUCCAAAGAUCAAGUGCGUAGAGAGCCUAAUGGAUCAGCCAGUGCUUCUGAACUGUUCCGUCAAGUUGGUCACUGGACUGGUGGUAGCAACCGAGGUGAUGUUGCCUGUGACACUGAAGGCAUUCAAAUGGUGGGAUACCAGCGUCUCGGUACCAUCCAUUUACCUCGACCCCGAGAGAAGAUGCGUGCUGGUAGUGACCCUACAUCACCCACGUUGAUUGCCAGUAGUGUUCCAUCUUCCAAGAUGGCUGCAGCAGCCCUCAUUAGUAGUAAUGCUGCCAAACUGGCAGACAGAAAUAAGAAGUUGCUCAAAGAUCAUCAUGUGUCCAUUUCACGUAGCCACAGCAGUUUGUACAACCCUGACAAUGAUAUUGAUGCAAUAAACCAACAGAGAGCAGCAGCAAGGGCUGUUCUACGUCGGUCUGGGUCUCAGGGCCAUCUUGGUUUUGAGGAACUUCCCCAGAGACCUUUAUUUCCCAGCCAUGAAAACAUUACCAACAUUCAAGUCAAGCCUGGAGUGUCUAUAUAUUCAGAUCCUAGUCUAGUUGGAAGAACGUGGAUAGAGUUCUUGGGAGAAGGUGAUCUCCCAAAGCUGCAGCCACUUCUGCUUCUUGAGGCAACAGCUUUGCUAGAUGACAAUGGCAUCACAUUCCGGAAACGUAAACCACCAAGAAGGAAUCGGAAAGUAGUAGGUAAUGUGUUCGGUGUUUCUCUGGCAACACUGUUAGAACGGGACCAGUUGAUAACUGCAGAAGACUGCCAAGGUGUUCCUUUAAUCUUCCAGAAGGUGCUGCUUCACUUGGAGAGGCAUGGGCUACAGGAGGAAGGCAUUCUGCGUGUUGCAGGACUUCAGCAGAAGGUGACAUCUCUUUGCUCAAAACUGGAGGCUGUAUUCUAUAGUAGGCCAUUGGAAGAAGUAGACAGACUUCUUCAGCAGGCAACUUGUCAUGAUGUAGCUGCCGUUCUGAAACGCUUGCUGCGGGAUCUGCCCCAGCCUCUUCUAUCUGUCGAAUAUAUUGAUAUGUUCUACCAAACCCAUGCGUUGUCAGAUGAAACAACACGAGCACAUGCUCUCAACCUGUUGGUUCUUCUGUUGCCUGCGGAAUAUCGUAGUACUCUUCGUGCUGUCUUCAGGUUCCUAGCACGAGUAGUUCAGAACCAGAAGCACAACAAGAUGUCUCUUCAUAAUGUUGCAAUGAUAAUAGCACCAUCUUUAUUUAGACCUCAGUAUGUGCAUCCUACUGAUAAGGGAAACUUGAGAGCACAGGUUGAAAUGGCAGAAAUCUGUUGUCAGUUAACAGAACAGAUGUUGGAGUUUGGAGAAAAGUUGUGCAUUGUUCCAGAGUCUCUUGUGAGACAGAUUCGUCGUGCAAAUGAGGAAGAACACUACCGAAGAGGUACAAAGGAGAAUAGCAAACCUAUGAAAAGAUUGCUUGGACGAAGAGGUGCUGCCCGUGAGCCAAUUACUCGUAAGAUCAAUAAUGAAGUCGAUUUUCAAGAUGGUAUUGUACGAGUAAAUGCUCCACAGUUUCAGUUAGUGGAUGUUCCAGUACGUUUAUCAGAAAAUACCACAGCCGGUGAUGUUGUUUUAAGAAUCAUGGAGGAGGCCAGUAAAAGGUGUGAGAUGCUUGCAUCAGUGGGAUUUAAAGUGUCACGGCGUCCAUAUCAUGACAUGAAAUCACGUGCCCUGGCUGAGCUUGCACCAAAUGGUAACCUCAGUUGCAUUCUUGCUACAAGCUGCCCAGAGCUCUCCUUACAAACACAUUAUUUGUAUGAGGUUGGUGGAAAUAUUGGCCAACGUCAAAUAGAACACAGUGCCAUUUUGUUGGCUGUGUACAAGGAGAAUCCCAAUGCCCAGUGGCUGCUUCGUUGCCACCAUCGCAAUGCUAACAAUGCACCUGCUGCUUCAUGAUACUGGUAACUCCUCUGAGUUAUUGUAUUGUACAAAUGUUAAACCUGCAAGCCAUAAUCUUAAAAUAAGGAAUAGUAUAGUGUGUGUUCAUUGGAAAUUAACAACAAAUAUUAAAGUGCUGUAAUCCUAAGUUUAUACUGAAAAGAUGUGAGAGAGACUUUAUACCCAAGUUACUUCUGUAUGCAUGAUUUUUGUAAUCUAUAUAAGCAGGCUUUGAAAAAUAGUCUGGUUUUAAUAAGAUCGCAACUGAUAUUUAAUUCAUUAACCUUUAAUGUACGGACCUUUAAAUUGCCAGCAGCCCUCUGCGGCCAGAAUUUAAAUGGCCAUUGCAGACUUUCAGAAAAAAACUACAUAUUUUGCAACAUAGAAAUAUGAACUAUCUUAUGAAAUUCCAAAGGACUUGCCCAUAGUUUUUUCUUCAAUCUUGAGACAUAGUGAUUUUGUAAAUACUGUAUACAAUAAUAUUUUAAUCAGACUGUAUGCAAGUUUGGACCGCGACACUUCACAGUUUACGAUACCUCACACUCUGAUGUGCGUGUGCCACAUCUCGAAGUAGUCCACGACACAGCCCAACAUCACAUUUUUUACAAUACAAAAGGGUCCUCCUGCUUUUCUUAUUUAGUGAAUGCACACGACGUCUUUGUUUCCCUUUGGUUGGCCAGUGUUGUGAAUGUUUCACCUCCAGUCGACUUGGUUGGGCCCCAGAUGAACUUAGCCUCCCCUGAGAAAUGCUACUGACCUUGAUAUUCGCCUAGUGCGAUUGAAGACUCAAAUCCCGCACUAGGAUUUCGCGGAAUGUGUUAUGUGUCAUUUUUCCACCACAUGACUUGUGUAAUACAUAGGCAUUGAGAAUGGUCAUAUCUAGAAGGUAAAAAAGAAGUAAAGGUAUCCCUGUAACAGGCCAUGGAGGCACAUAGGGUUGUGGGAUGUUAAGGUUCCCACAUU